UUCCGUCGUUGCUCCGCUCAAUAGAGAGGCACGGGCGUCGUACACCUUGGCAGUGAUUGCGACAGACAACCCCUCCGCCCCCGUCUCUGAGCGCCGUCGUAGCCGCAUGACUUUGGACAUCACGGUGACCGACGUGAACGACCAUGACCCUGAGUGGACGCAGUUCAUCCCUGCCGUCAGUGUGAGGGAGAACGAGAAAGUGGGGACCAGUGUGGUGGACCUCAGAGCUACCGAUAUGGACGAAGGGCUCAACGGAGAGAUUGAAUAUUCUAUAGCACUGGGAACAAACGGAACUUCCCUUUUCGACGUUAAAAAAUUUGAUGACCGCGCAGAAUUGAGAGUUGCGAUGUCUCUGAUUGGAUCUUCAGGCUCUCAGCUGGUGACGGUGGUGGCCACGGACAAGGGCUCGCCUCGGCGGAGCGCCAGUGUUGACGUAAUGGUCACAGUGGUGGACAUGAACCUACACAGGCCGGUGUUCAUUCACCCGGACGAGAGUGUGUACAACGUGACCUCCAGGUUCCUACCAAAGGUCACAGUGCCUGAGGUAACAGUUCAAGUUUAUUGGUCCUUGGAGAUUACACCCACCGGAUAGUUGGUCGCUU